GUGACUGUGGCGGCUGAUUCGUAAAUGCCGGGGCGAUUGCGGGCCUGGUUCCAGUGGCCAGGCCUUCACCGAGCGGUGUUGGAAAUCAGUAGGUCUUCUGGCUUUUCUGUUAUUUUCAUGUAAUGGUGUUUAGAUAGGAUUAAAAUGUUCCUGAUGCCAACAUCUUCAGAGUUAAACAGCGGACAGCACUUCCUACCCCAGUGGAUGACCAAUCCUUCUCGGGCAGGGGUCAUAUUAAAUCGAGGAGUUCCUGUUUUGGAAGGAGAUGAAGAGAAGCAAGCAACUACUGUUUCUUCUAGCUUCCCUGUUAAAGCCACACAUUUUUUGAAUAGCUUUAGCUUUAUUAGUGAAGAAGAUUCACUUCACGAAGAACAGAAGUUGGAGUCUGGUGGCCCUUAUAAACCACAGUCAGAAAAAUCUGAAGCCCAUACAGCCCUUCCUUUAAUUAAAAAGGGACCACAAAUAGUGGCAUGCCAGGAUGCUUCUGGAUACCAGGAAGAUAACAAAAGUGACUUUAUGUCUGAUUUUGCAAGUGAAUUCAAAGAAGCAGCUUGUGAAGAUCCACUUUUUAAAAAACUUGAACAGCUGAAAGAAAUACAACAAAAGAAGCAGGAAGAACUGAAGAGACAACAGUUAGAGCAGCUGCAGAGACUCAUGGAAGAACAAGAGAAACUGCUCACCAUGGUUUCUGGCCAACACACACGUCCAGGUUUGACAUUACUGCCUGACGAUCAGAGUCAGAAGUACAGAUCUGUGGGAAAUUCCACCAUGGGAGAAGAAGUCACAUCCUUAUUGCCACCAUGUAUCUACCUGAGUCAAGCCCAAGAGAAACUUCAUGCUCCCAACAUUUUACCUGAUGAACAAAGCAACUUUUGUAGAACUUCUCAUCAAGAUUUUGUCUUAACUUCAAAAAAUGCUUUUCCCAAUUUGUUUUAUGAGUCACAGUAUCAAGAAGCACUUGUGAAAAAAAGUGAUUCAAAAGAAGAAAGCCAUAAUCAUCCUACAGGAGAAGGUUUUUUAUCAUGUUGGGAGAAGAUGGCGGAGCAAUCUCAGGAAGAGAAUGAUAAGAACUUUAAAAAAAUUGGUGAUUCCUCAGAAAUGGUUAAUAUUGAAGAAAGGCCUAUUAAGGCUGCCAUUAGAGAAAGGAAGACAUUUGAAGACUACUUAGAAGAACAAAUUUGGUUGGAUGAACAAGCACUAAGCAAAAACAGCUAAGGGAAGCAGAAGGGACCAUUGCUAAUGAAAGCAAAGCCCAAACAACCAUUCUUAAAACGAGGAGAAGGUUUAGCUAGAUUUACUAAUGCUAAAUUCAGGUUUCAAAAGAAAGAAAGUAAACUAGUUACUAACCAGAGCAUUUCAGAGGAUCGACCUGUGUUUAAAGUAGAUAGACAACAAUUUCAGCGGAAAAACUGCACUUAAAAUAAAGAACUGUGUGCAGAGAGCCCUACUGUUAAAAAGGAACAAAAAGUUAGAACCAAGACUAGUGCCAUACUUAGUCAAAAACCAAAAGUUCCUAAGAGUAAUAAUAGGAAAAGCCUCUCUCCAUUAGGAUUGAAAGGACAGACAGGAAAGAAGUGUGAUGAAUUUAGAGACCAGAUCAAAUUAGAAAAAGUUGAAUCUACUAAUAAAGAAAAUGUACCCGAGUACAUAAAACCCUGUGAUGCUGGUUGCAAGGCAUGCAACAAGACCCAGGGGAAGGACAAACUCCCUCUUCUAAUGGGACCAGCCAGCUGUGUGACUUCUAAGAGUUUGGUAAGUGAGACUGUGAAAGUAUCAGAAUCUUCUCUUGACAUUUCUCUUCAGAAAAAAAUGGAGAAUUGGGAACGGGAAAGUAAAGGAAAUUUGGAAUUGGAUGAAUUUUGGUUUUUAGAAAAAGCUGGAGAAAUAUCAUUUUCUAGUAAUUCCUCAUUUGUACUGAAAAUCUUAGAAAGGGAUCAACAGAUCUGCAAAGGUCACCGGAUGUCUUCGACACCUGUGAAAGCUGUGCAGCAGAAGACACAUGAGGCAGAUGUCACUAGUCAGAGUGACCACAGCGAGGAUGCUAGCCACACUGCUGCACAUGAGAUUAAGAGUGAGUCUAAGGCCUCACCCAAGACAUUUGGUUCAGCAUCCUUGCCUGAUAAUUUGAGGGAACCAACUUGUAAAAUCAGUAGGAAAGCCUUCCAAACAAGCACUUCUGAAAAUCAAAAGCGAUGGGAUACAAUUUGGUGUGUUAUGAACAGUGACAGUAGCAGUGACUCUGAUGAGCAACUUGAGACAAUAAAACCAUCUACUGAGGAUGGAGAAAGAGGUUUCAACAACAGAGAGGAUAGUCCACAAGUCUGUGAUGGCAAGGGCCCUUUUAGAAACACCAGCACUAAAGAAGAUAAAAGGAGAGAUGUCGACCUUGAUUUGUCUGAUAAAGAUUAUAGCAGUGAUGAGUCCAUCACAAUAGAAAACAUGGAAAAUAAAGUGUCUGAGCCCUCAGGAAGACAGUCAUCUUUAAGUGUGAGUAAACUUGACUUUGAUGAUGAAAGAUCUUGGACUGACCUCGGAGAGAAUUCAUGGAAACAUGAUGUUACUGGGGAUGAAGCCAUUUAUGGGAUGCCCCAGACACACUACCCUAAUAAGAAUGAAAUAUGUGUUCUGGAUAAAACAAUAAAAAGGAAGGUUGCACCAGUGAAGAAGGGAGAAGACUUUAGCAAGUCCAGAAGUAGCAGAAGUCCCCCUCCUACAUCAGAUCUAAUGAUGAAAUUCUUCCCUUCUUUGAAACCAAAACCAAAAUCAGAUUCACACUUAGGAAAUGAACCCAAGUUAAACAUGAGUCAAGACCAACCACCAGUUGACAAUGCUCGAUCCCAGGUUUUGAGAGAAAAAGUUAUUGAAUUGGAAACAGAAAUAGAAAAAUUUAAAGCUGAGAACACAUCUUUGACUAAACUUCGCAUUGAACAAGAAAAUGCCUUGGGAAAACUGAGGAAAGAAAUUGCAGACUUUGAGCAACAGAAAGCAAAAGAACUGGCUAGAAUAGAAGAGCUUAAAAAGGAAGAAAUGAGGAAGCUACAAAAGGAACGCAAAGUUUUUGAAAAGUAUUCUACAGCUGCAAGAACUUUUCCAGAUAAAAAGGAACGUGAAGAAAUACAGGCUUUGAAGCAGCAAAUAGCAGAUUUACAAGAAGAUUUGAGAAAGAAGGAAGCAAAAUGGUCAAGUGCACAGGGCCGUCUCAGAAGCCAGAUAGAAAUGUUAGUCAGAGAGAACACAGACCUGCGGGAGGAAAUAAAAGUGAUGGAAAGACUCCGACUAGAUGCAUGGAAGAAAGCAGAAGCUGUUGAGAACAGCUCCAAGACCUACCAGCGGGUGGGUGCCAUGAAGAAAGACAAGUCUGUGAACUCAGCUCCUCAGUGUCAAAAAAGUCACAUUUCUUCAGGAGCCCAAGUAGAAAAAUAUAAGAAAAAUUACUUGCCAUCACAAGGGAAUCUAUCUCAAAGAUCCAAGUUGGUGCCACCUCGUGAUUUAGGAAGCUCAGAUAAAGAACAAGCUGCCUUACCCAGGGAGCCACUUGAACCAGUACAUUUCCCAGAUCUUGAAUAUAAAAAGAAGGAAGAAAAUGAAAAAGAAGAAAUUGAGGGAGAAAUUAGUCAUUCUGAUGGAAAGGUGGAAAAAGUUUAUAAGAAUGGGUGCCGGGUUAUACUCUUUCCCAACGGAACUCAGAAGGAAGUGAGUGCAGACGGGAAGAGCAUCACUGUCACUUUCUUUAAUGGUGAUGUGAAGCAGGUCAUGCCAGAUGAGCGAGUGGUCUACUAUUAUGCUGCUGCCCAGACCACUCAUACUACCUACCCAGCAGGACUCCAGGUCUUACAUUUCUCAAGUGGACAAAUAGAGAAACAUUUCCCAGAUGGAAGAAAAGAAAUCACAUUUCCUGACCAGACCAUUAAAAACUUAUUUGCUGAUGGACAAGAAGAAAGCAUCUUUCCAGAUGGCACAGUUGUCAGAGUACAGCGUGAUGGCAACAAAAUCAUAGAGUUUAAUAAUGGCCAAAGAGAAUUUCAUACUGCCCAGUUCAAGAGACGGGAAUAUCCAGAUGGCACUGUUAAAACUGUAUAUACAAAUGGUCGUCAAGAAACAAAGUACAUUUCAGGUCGAGUGAGAGUUAAGGACAAAGAUGGUAAUGUUCUGGUGGACACGGAAUUGUAAUGGUUCUUGUGUGACUAAUCAUGAAGUAACAAUGAUUUUCCUAUAAAAAAAUGUACAUUUCUUGUGGAUUCUGUUGUUUAAUUUAUAUAGACUGCGUGUAUGUGUAUGUAUGUGUGUGUUAACAGAAAAGAUGUUUGGAUUCUAAAAUAAAAGUU